AUGGAAAACCACCAUGCAGCAAUUAAUUUACGGGCAACUACAUUGCGCAAACGGAGUGCAACGGCCAGCACUUCGUCCUACACUUGUAAGCGAGAGGGUGACGGUGGAAACAUUCUGCGGGUUUUGAGUCGUCGUCUUUUUUUCAAACUGUAAUCCAGUAUCAGUCUGUCGGGAAAAUAAUGAGCACAAUGUCGCCGUGCCAACCGCGUCACCGAGGUGAAAAGCAAUUCGUUUUUCUGCAGCGAUGCGGUUUUCAAUGCGACAGAGUGCUCAUUAUUUUCCCGACAUACUGAUAGUAAGGCAACAGUUCGAAAUUGGGCUGAUCUUCGAACCCGCAGAAUGUUUCCAAAACUCGGCCUCUGAAACCCCGACUUACAAACUGAUAUAGGCGAUCUUUUAAGUGAGGCAUUGCACUGUCCCCAAUCCAUCGAGCUGAGCAAUGAUGUGGAAAGUAGGUCGAAAUUUCCAAAUUUUUUGAAAUUAAAUCCAGCUCCCAUUGACAAUGUCCGCAAGCUGGUGCUCCGCGACCCCAUCGACCAUCCGCCGCUCUUCUGCGAGAUGAUGUACCUGACCACCAACCCGGAGGAGGAGGAGUUCGACGAGGAGGCGGAAUUGUGCUGGAAACAGAUCGGCCGCUGGAUCAAGUUCAAGCAGGUCGUGGAGGGCGAUGGGACCCGGUUCAGUCGACCGCAUUUGACCCUGUUGACGGUGCAUGCCAUGCUUCAGGUUGGUGGGAAAAAAAUUUUAAGAUUUUUGGGCAAAAAUUUCGAAAUUUUUUUUUGGAUUUUUUUUAAAAAAAAUUUUUAAUUUUCAUUUUCUAAAAAAAUUUUGGACAAAAAAUCGAAAAUUUUGGACAAAAAAAUUGAAAAUAUUGGACAAAAAAAUUGAAAAUUUUGGACAAAAAAUCGAAAAUUUUGGACAAAAAAUCGAAAAUUUUAGACAAAAAAUUGAAAAUUUUGGCCCAAAAAUUGAAAAUUUUGGGCCAAAAAUCGAAAAUUUUGGACAAAAAAUCGAAAAUUUUGGACGAAAAAUCGAAAAUUUUGGACAAAAAAUUGAAAAUUUUGGCCAAAAAAUCGAAAAUUUUAGACAAAAAAUUGAAAAUUUUGGACAAAAAAAUUGAAAAUUUUGGGCAAAAAAUUGAAAAUUUUGGACAAAGUUUUUGAUCCGUACAUCCUUCUAUGAAAACCACACCGCAUUUUAAGAAAAUUUAUCGCAUAAUUGGAGCUUUUCAAAAUUUUCGGUCCUACCACGAAAACUUCUCAUUUAAAAAAUAUCUUUUUUCUUCCGAUUUUUGACUUUAAUCGUGUUUUUAAGGUAAAAUCCUUCCUUCGAAAAGGCCCUGUUCUCCUUGACUUGGAGGCAAACACUUUCGUGCAAGUCUGCGAUAAGAUGAUAAAAUGCUGGGUUGAGGACGGAUUCCUGGACGAGGAUCACAGCAACAUGGUCCGUGAAGUCAUGUACGCCCCGAAGAUGCAUCUGAUCGAGGGGCAAAUUCGGACCGUGAAUGAGUCAACUGUCCCGAUUGGUAAGCCAAAUUCCUCAUUAUUUUUUCCCGACAGACUGAUAUAUGCGUUUUAUAAGUCUGUCGGUAAAAUAAUGUGGAUUUCCAAGGCGCGACAAAUCCACAUUAUUUUCCCGACAAACAGAUAGCAUUAUGUAUAAAAAAUGACGAUUUUACAGAUCGAGACAGAGAAGAGAAUAUGAAGCGUCGAAGACCAACAAGAACUCAUCGUGAUGACGAGGGAGAGCCGCAUAUGGAUCAAUAUGCAACGAAAUAUGAAGACGUAAGCGAUAAGGCAACUUGGCACAAACUUACAGAAUAAAAAAUAACAAAAAUAUAUGCGGAACUUCUAGCUCGCGUUUUGUAAAUAACAAAAUAAAGUUGCUUCUCACUUCAGCGACGUUAUUCACAUUGAGCUUACAAUCGCAACGACAUUGUGCUAAUUAUUUUCCCGACAGACUGAUAGUUGACCUAGUAUACAGUGAGGGACCUGACCAGCGGCAAAAAAGUUCCAUUUUGCCUCCGGGAAGUAUCAAAAAUGUGGCAAAAUGCUUCCCUUUGCAAAUGAAAAAACUCUGUUUCGAGCCCGCUUUUUUGUGAGGGGAGGGGCACCUUUCAAACCGGAGCUUUUUUAGUUGGAGAGGGAGGCAUUUUGCCACAGUUUUUGACACUUCCCGAUGCCAAAUAGCACUUUUUUGCCACUGGAUCAGGUCCCCUACUGUACACUAGGUCAACUAUCAGUCUGUCGGGAAAAUAAUGAGCACAAUUUCGCUACCACGAUCCCGUCGCUGAAGUGAAAAGCAAUUUGAUUUCGCCGCGACACAAUUCAUUUUGGCGUGCGAUUUUCGCUGCCACAGAGUGCUCAUUAUUUUCCCGACAGACUGAUAGAACCAAUCUUGUCUAAAUUACAGUUGCUUGUCAGGUUUUCGAAAAUUAUGACUCCGUUCGUUUCAGGCAGAUCAACGUCUCCUCCGCCGACUGAAACGAAACACGGAAGGAGCGGCGAUCAUGGUGGCCAAUGUUGGGGCCCUUCAGCAGCCACUGACUUGCCUGAUUCGACUGAAAAAUCCGUUGGUAAGCAUUUUUUUGGAAAUUUUUGAUUUUUUUUGGAAUUUUUUGAUUUUUUUUUUGGAAUUUUUUGAUUGUUUUGGAAUUUUUUGAUUUUUUCUCGGAAUUUUUUGAUUUUUUUGGAAAUUUUAGAUUUUUUCUUUUGGAAAUUUUUGGUUUUUCCUUGGAAUUUUUUGAUUUUUUUUUUCGAAUUUUUUGAUUUUUUUCUUUGGAAAUUUUUUUAUUUUUUCUCGGAAUUUUUGAUUUUUACUUGAAUUUUUUUUCAUUUUUUCAUAGAAAUUUUGGUUUUUUAUUUGCAACUUUUUGAUUUUCUCUUGGAAAUUUUUGAUUUUUACUUGAAAAUUUUUCGAUUUUUUCAUUGGAUUUUUUUUUUGAUUUUUUCUUAUAUUUUUUUUUGAUUUUUUGGAGUAAACAUAAGUGCUUUUCAUUAUAUUUUUUCUAUAAUUUUUAACAAGCUUUAGAUAAACGUAUUUUACCACAAAACCCCCAAUAUUUUUCAGCUCCUCUACCCCGAAAUCCCCGACCAGCCGUUGCCGGUUCGCUUCAUUUUCGUCCUCCUCAACACCAUCGACAAUUACCCCGAGGAGACGGCGGGGAUUGGCCGUGCAAUGGGCGCUCUGUUUUCGGACCAAAUCUUCCACAAAGUCGCCUACACUUGUAGGGAAAAAUUUACCAUCGCCGAGGCCGUGGAGGAGUAUUUCACUCAAUGCACGUUGAUCCCGCCGGGCAAAUGCCGGCCGGAUACCAGAUGGGAACCGAAGGUGGAUGAGAAUGCGGUAGGUUGGAAAAAAAAAAUUUGUGGUAAAAAAUAAUUUUUUCUAGACAAAAAAUGUAAAUGAAAAAUUGAAAAAAAUAAAGAAAAUUUGUGAUAAAAAAAAUUUUUUUUUCAGCCAAAAAUCGGUCAACGAAUUUUUGUCGAUGAAAAAUUUAAAUAAAAAAAUAAAAAAAAUAAAUAAAAUAAAUUUUUUUCCACCGAAAAAAUCGAGAUUUUUUUAAUCAAUUUUUUUUGAUAAUAUACAUGUUUUUCUAGGUGAUUCGAAAUAUCGGAACAAUGUAUUCGAAUGCCGACGACGCUCCGGAGGAUGAAUUCGUCUCGGACCAAAAUUUAUUCGCCCCAAAGAAGAAAUUGGUCCUGAUCAAUCGCUCCGGGAGGAUUUUUGGAGGUCUGGUGGAUGAUGUGAAGUGAGUUGUGGGAUUUUUUGAUUCCUUCACAAAACAAAUCGACAUUAUUUUCCCGACGGACUGUUUUUUCGACAAAUCCACGUUAUUUUCUCGACAGACUGUUUUUUUUUUGCAAAUCCACAUUAUUUUCCCGACAGACUGUUUUUUCGACGAAUCCACAUUAUUUUCCCGACAGACUCUUUUUAAAACAAAUCCACAUUAUUUUCCCGACAGACUCUUUUUUCGACAAACCCACAUUAUUUUCCCGACAGACUCGUUUUAAAACAAAUCCACAUUAUUUUCCCGACAGACUCAAAAAAUUUAUUUUUAGACGUAAAGCCCGCUACUACCUCUCGGAUUACACCGACUUUUUCUCCGGCCGAAUGUCCCAGUCCUUGGCCACAACGGCCGCCAUUUUCUUCGCCAACCUCACGAAUGUGAUCACGUUUGGCGCGGUGUUCGAACGCGCCACUCAUCAGCAAAUGGCGGCCAUCGAAAACGUGGUGGCCGGCUCGAUUUGUGGAAUGAUUUUCGCACUCUUUGCCGGGCAACCGUUGACAAUUCUGUCGGCCACUGGGCCCACACUGAUUUUUGAGAAAGUGGUGUAUGAUCUGUGCACGUAAGUAAUAGGGCAAAAUACCGGUAGGGGUAUCGCCUAUGAAGGGUGUAGAAACGGUUCUGCUAAAGAUAAAGCUGCCAAACGCGUAGCAAUACACGUUUAUCCAGCUUAAAAAAUACAAUAAAGGUAAAUGCCAAGUAAAAUGUAAAUGAUCAACAAUAAAACCAAGAUAAAGAGUAGUAAACGGGGCCUCGGGCUCACGCCCUCGUCCUGACCUUCUCCUUGACCUCUCUGUUCCUCCCUCUAUCUCCCCUGUCCUCUUGUUCUCUUCCUGAAGGGUUUCCACCGUACUAUGGCAGAAUGCCACGGUUGUCUUCGCGUCGAGACCAUUUGGUUACGCAGGCGGGUUAGUCUUCACUGGAUCGGGUUGCUGUUAUUGGUCUAUAUGAGUUGAAUUGAGUCGGAAGCUGCUCCAUCUUUAGUCGUAGUCGCGUGGACGGCCCUGGGUCGUACUAAGUUGGGGGGUUUUGAAAUUGAAAAAAUGGAAAAAUAAAAAAGAUUUUUUUUGGGGGAAAAUUACAUUUUUAUCAGAAAAAAAUGAAUUGAAGAAAAUUGUUUUUGGUGAAAAAACAUUUUUAUAACAAAAUUUAAAUCAAAAAAAAAAGUAAAAUUGAAAAAAAUGGAAAAAUAAAAAAGAAAUUUUGGGGAAAAAAUUAUAUUUUUAUCAGAAAAAAAUUGAAAUCAAAAAAAUUUUUUUGGUGAAAAAACAUUUAUAUAAAAAAAAAUUAAAAUUGAAAAAAGUAGAAAAAUAAAAAAAAAUUACAUUUUUAUCAGAAAAAAAUUGAAAUCAAAAAAAUAAAAAAAAGAUGACACUUUAUUUCCAGCGGGAUGAACUGGGACUUUCUUCCCUUCCGUUUCUGGAUGGCUUGUUGGAUGGUCUUGUUUCUACUGAUCCUCGUUGCAACCGACACUUCAGCAUUGGUCGGGUUUAUCACUCGGUUCACUGAAGAUGGAUUUGCCACGCUUAUUUCGGGCGCGGUCAUCGUUUUGGCUUGUCAGAAAAUUUAUGAGAUCAGUUAUGAAGCGCCGAUCACUUGGAGACCUCAGGUAAGCUUUUUGUAAAUUUUUUAAUAAGAAAAAAAUUAAAAAAAAUUUAUCGACCGAUUUUUUCGACUAACAUUUUUUUGGUCGAUUUUUCCCCUCAAAAAAAAUUUCGACUAAAAAAUAAAAAAAAUCGAUAAAAAAUUUAUCGACCGAUUUUUUCGACUAAAAUUUUUUUGGUCGAUUUUCCCCCUCAAAAAAUAUUUUCGCCCAAAGAAGUCGAUAAAAAAUUUAUCGACCGUUUUUUUCGACUAACAUUUUUUUGGUCGAUUUUUUCUCUCAAAAAAAAUUUGACCAAAAAAAUAUAAAAAAAUCGGUAAAAAAACUUAUCGACCGAUUUUUAAGCGAAGAACAAAAAAUCCUAUUUUUGACCCUUACCUUCCCUUUUUCAAAUUGAAAAAACUUCUUCAGGCAGUCCUGGACUCGGCCUGUCAUUGUCUCCUCGAGACGCCCAACGAUCCCGCCAACGAGACGCAAGGCUUUGUGAUCAAGAAUCUCUCGAUUGGAGUGACCCGUUGCCGCUCGUUGGGCGGGGUUCCCCAUGGUCUGGCCUGCUUCUUCAAGCCCGACAUUUUCAUUUUCUCCAUUCUGCUCGCCCUCUGCACGUUCUGGCUGACGUUGCGGUUGGCCAAGUUCCGCAAUUCGCCGUACUUGGCGUGGGGUGUGCGGCACGCCAUCUCCGACUUUGGAGUGUUGAUUGCGGUCAUGGUUUUUACGCUGUUGAGCAAGAUGACUGGACUGGAUGUGCCGGCCCUCAAAUUCCCAAUGAAAUUGACGGUAGGUGUGGAGAGUGGAAAAAGAAAUUGGUGGAAAACAGGACAAAAUGACCGAUUUUUUUGUCGCAAAAUUUUUUUUGGUCGAUUUUUUGGAGGAAGAGUUUUUUUCGACAUGAAAAUUUAUGACCGAUUUUUUGGUCGAAAAAUUUUUUAUUGACCGAUUUUUUAAUCGAAAAAUUUUUUAUUCACUGAUUUUUUGGAAGAAAAAUUUUUUUGAAAAAAUGGUUAUAAUCGAUUUUUUAGUCAAAGUAGUGAGUUUUCGGAGGAGAAUUUAUUUUGUCGACGAAAAAAUUUCUAUUUCUUUAUUUUUGCGGUCGAUUUUUUUUAGUUGAAAACAUUUUUUCUGGUCGAUUUUUCGCUUGAAAAAUUUCAAUUCCACAUUAUUUUUCCGACAAACUGUUUUUUCGACGAAUCCCCAUUAUUUCCCCGACGAACUGUUUUUUCGACGAAUCCCCAUUAUUUUCCCGACAGACUGCUUUUUUUCGACGGAUCCAUAUUAUUUUCCCGACAGACUGUUUUUUCGACAAAUCCACAUUAUUUUCCCGACACACUCAAAAAAAUUUUUAUAACUGAUUUUGUCGAAGAAAAAAUUUCUAUUUUUUAUGUUGGUCGAUUUUUUUUGGUCGAAAAAUCUUCAAUCCCCUUCAAAAAAAAAUUUCAGCCCACAAUGGAUCGGCCUUGGAUUGUGGACGUCCUCAACAUCGAGGGAUACAAAGUUGCGCUGUUUGCCCUUUUGCCGGCCUUUUUCUACUCCAUUCUUGUGGUUAUGGACCAACAAAUCACUGCGGGGAUUGUGAAUCGGAAGGAUAAUAAGCUGAAAAAAGGCGAUGGAUAUCAUUUGGAUUUGCUGGUGGUGGCUGUUCUGAUCCUGGCGUGUUCUGUGCUGGGACUGCCGUUCUAUGUGGCCUCAACGGUGUUGAGCAUGACCCAUGUGGAUUCGCUGAAAUCGCAUUCGGAAAUUGCGGCUCCUGGGGAAAAAGCGAGGUUUUUGGGGGUCAAGUAAGCAAGUUUUGGAUGAUUUUUGAGCCUUUUUUCGGUGGCGAAAAUUUGCUUUCGGGACUUUUUGGAAAAUAAUGGGGAAUUUCGCGAUUUUUUAAAGGAAAAAAUAUAUUUUUUAGGAAAACGUUCCUUAUUUUGGCCACAACAAAGGUACUCCGCGAACUGCGCCCAAGAUUGGGCACUAAAGUUAUUAAAAAACGCUUCGACCUAGCUGGCACUGAAUUACUAUUUAUAAUAGCUCUAUAGUUUUAAGGGUACCUACGAAGGCUGUGACGACUCAUUUAGUUCCAUACGGAGGCAAUAAGUUUAGUUCCGGACAUGUUUCAUCGUAUAAAAUGUAAAAUCACAGGCUGCAGCCGUUUUUGAAGGGUAAGGUGGUACGUAAAAAAGAAGGUACCUCGCUGACUAAAUCCACUGUCCGGGCAUUGAGAACGAUGAAUUGAGCGUGCACGCUAAAUUUGGGCUAAUUCCGACCAGUUUCCGCAAAGUUAUAAGUUGUGGCCAAAAUAAGGAACUUUUACCAUUUUUUUUAUUUCUGAGCAUUCCUUAUUUAAUUUCAAACUAUUCUAAAAAUGAUUUUUUUCGAUUUAUAAAGAAAUAAAAUUAAAAAGAGCGUUUUUAGAAAUCUUAAAAAUAAAAAGAUUUUUUAGUAUUGUUUAUAAAUAAAAAACGUUUUUUGACUUUUUCAAGUAUAAAAAAAAAGAUUUCUCGGACUCUAAAAAUAAGAAAAAAAUUUUUUAGAUUUAAAUAUGUAGUUAUUUCAGCAUUUUCAAUACCAAAAACCCUUUUUGUGACAAAAAGAUUUUUAAAUGUUAAAUGUUUUUUUUCAGUGAAUUUUUAUAUUUAAAAAAUUUGUUUUUGCUAUAACCGUAUUUUAAAACUAAAAAAUCCCAUUUUCAGAGAGCCACAUCUAACGGCUAAAUAAAAAAAAAAAAAUAAAAAAGUAAAUAUUUUUAGAAUUAUUUAAAAUAAAAAUACGUAAUUUCAUCCUUUUUUAAAAUUAUAUAAAAUUUACAGUUUUAUUAAAAAAAUGUUUUGGGCAAAGGAAUUAAUUCUUUAAUUUUUUCUAUCAGUUUUUGCCUUUUCAAUUGUCGCCAUGUUCGUAUUUUAAAACCAAAAAAUCCCAUUUUCAGAGAGCAACGUCUGACCGCGUUUAUUUCCCAUUUCUUCAUGGGAUUAUCGCUCUUUUUUGCGCCGGUUGUAAAACUUAUUCCAUCGCCGGUCCUCACCGGAGUCUUCCUUUACAUCGGGACUACAUCUUUGAUGAGUCAACAAUAUACGCAGAGACUCCGGCUGCUCUUCAUGCCCGUCAAAAAUCAGCCCGAUUUUAUUUGGUUGCGCACGGUGCGGAUGCAUCGUGUGCAUUUAUUCACUUUUAUACAGACUUUGAGCGUGGUUUCGCUGUUCUUCAUACGGUAAGAAAGGUUUUUUGAGUUUUUUUUUUAUUUUUGAAAAUAUCACAGAAUAAAAAAAUAUCAAAAAAAAUAAUAAUAAUAAUAAUAAUAAUAAUAAUAAUAAUAAUAAUAAUAAUAAUAAUAAUAAUAAUAAUAAUAAUAAAAAUAAUAAUAAUAAUAAUAAUAAUAAUAAUAAUAAUAAUAAUAAUAAUAAUAAUAAUAAUAAUAAUAAUAAUAAUAAUAAUAAUAAUGAUAAUAAUAAUAAUAAUAAUAAUAAUAAUAAUAAUAAUAAUAAUAAUAAUAAUAAUAAUAAUAAUAAUAAUAAUAGAAAUAAUAAAAAAGUGCGGUGUGCAAACAAAAUUGUUUUUUCUUUAUACAUUAACACACUCUUUUUUUUUGUUCUUUUUAUUUCGCAUUUCAAAAUAUGUGAAAAAACGCAGAAUAACAAAAUUUAUAAAAAAUAAAACAAAAAAAAAGAUUUUUUUCUUUAUACGGUAAUGGAGUCUUUUUUUUAUUUCGCUUUUCAAAAUUUACAAAAAUCACACAGAAUAACAACAUAUUAAAAAUAAAAAAAAAAAAUGAAAAUUUAUCCAACCACCAAAAAAAAUUUCUCUUCAGAUUCAUGAGCCACAUCGCGUUCGUCUUCCCAAUAAUGCUGGUGGUGAUGGUGUUGAUUCGAAUGUUCAUUCUGGAGCGUAUUUUCGCUCCGCUUGAGCUCCGCUCCUUGGACGAUGAGUUGCCCGAUUUCGGGCGGGUAAUGCGCCCGCGCCCUCGCGCGCCCACUCGAAGUAUGCGCAAUUCCAUUUCGCGACGUCCAACUUUGUCGAAGCAGAAUUUGAACGGCGAAAGUUCGGAGGGGAAACGGAAGAAAACGCUGACUUGGGCGUGA